UAGAAAGUGAGCUUGAGCCUGGCUUUCCAGCUGAGUGCCUGCUCCCUCGGCGUGUGCGUGCGUGACGUGUGUGUCUGUUUGUGUGCUCAGUGUGUGCCCCGGCUGCUGUGCGCCCUGCUUAGAAUGGCCAGAUUCACCCAGACUGAAGAGCGAAGGCAGCAGCAGCAGCAAUCACAACCACCGCCUCAGCAGCCGCCCCAUCCCCACCACACGAGCCAACCUUUCAGCGGAGCCGAGGCGGCAGUGGCAGCGGCACCGACCCAGCCUCCCGCCCCUCUCCUCCCUCACCAGCACGCGCACGUCCCAUUCGCCAAACCUAUGAGCGUCUCGGAACCGAUCUCUGUAUACCCCGGGAACGGCACCAUGAAAGACCAGGACGCUAUCAAGCUCUUUAUCGGACAGAUACCGCGGAACCUGGAAGAGAAAGAUCUGAAGCCUCUUUUCGAGCAGUUUGGGAAAAUUCACGAAUUGACGGUGCUGAAAGAUCGCUACACAGGCAUGCAUAAAGGCUGUGCGUUCCUCACAUACUGUGCCCGUGACUCAGCCAUUAAAGCCCAGAAUGCAUUGCAUGAACAGAAGACGCUGCCAGGGAUGACGAGACCCAUUCAGGUGAAACCUGCUGACAGCGAGAGCCGGGGAGAGGACAGGAAGCUGUUUGUGGGGAUGCUCAAUAAGCAGCAGACAGAGGAGGAUGUGUAUCGCCUUUUCGAGCCCUAUGGAGUCAUUGAGGAGUGUACUGUCUUGAGAGGUCCUGAUGGAAACAGCAAAGGUUGUGCGUUUGUGAAAUACUCUACACAUACAGAAGCCCAGGCAGCAAUCAGUGCCCUUCACGGGAGCCAGACCAUGCCUGGAGCGUCGUCCAGUCUGGUGGUGAAGUUUGCGGACACGGAUAAGGAGCGCACCAUCCGCCGCAUGCAGCAGAUGGUUGGACACUUCGGCAUCUUCAACCCCUCAGUGGCGCUGCCCUUUACUACCUACAGCACAUACACACACGCCUUGAUGCAGCAGCAGGCGGCCAUCAUGGCGGCGUCUCAGGGAGGCUACCUGACUCCUAGCAUGCCUUUCCCCGCCACCACACAGAUCCACCAACUGGGGGCGGUCACAAUGAACGGCCUAUCUCAUACCUCAGGCCUGAGUUCCCCGCCGGCAAGCCUCCACCCUUCCGCGGCGGUGGCCAGCCUGGUGACGCCCAUGGUGAACGGCUACACGGGAGUCCCCCCCCAGCCCAGCGGGCACCCAGCCAUGGAGGCAAUGUACGCCAACGGCCUGCCCCCCUACUCCACACACAGCCCCACUGCAGCCGAUACACUCCAGCAGGCCUUCACUGGGGUGCAGCAGUACACAGCCAUCUACCCCUCUACCACACUGACCCCUGUUGGUCAGACGCUGCCACAGCAGGCUCAGCUAAUUCAGCAGCAGCAGAGAGAAGGACCAGAGGGCUGUAAUCUGUUCAUCUACCACCUGCCUCAGGAGUUUGGGGAUAACGAGCUCAUGCAGAUGUUCCUUCCCUUUGGCGCGGUCAUCUCCUCCAAGGUGUUUAUGGACAGAGCUACCAAUCAGAGCAAGUGCUUCGGCUUUGUGAGUUUUGAUAACCCAGGUAGUGCCCACGCUGCCAUCCAGGCCAUGAAUGGCUUCCAGAUUGGCAUGAAGAGGCUCAAGGUGCAGCUGAAGCGACCCAAGGAUGCCAACCGCCCCUACUGACCACCCCAGAUACCCCUGAUGCUCCCGCACGCCCCCACAGCACAGGUUCUCUUUGGAGGAUUGUUGACUUCUUGAAGGACAAAAACUUUUUUCUUGAAA